AUGAAACCAUUAUGUUGCGGGGAACGAAACGAAAAGUCCCGCAUCCUAAGCGGAGUAGAAACGGCCGUGAAUGAGUUCCCUUGGGUGGUCAGGCUUACUUACUUUAACAAGUUCUACUGUGGUGGCAUGCUCAUCAACGAUCGAUAUGUCUUGACUGCAGCUCACUGUGUUAAAGGAUUAAUGUGGUUCAUGAUAAAAGUAACGCUGGGCGAACAUAAUCGUUGCAACAAGACCCACAGACCUGAAACUCGCUUUGUAGUGGACGUGGUAGCCCACAAUUUCUCAUACUUGACCUUUAGAGAUGAUAUAGCUGUACUAAAACUGAAUGAAGAAGUCAAAAUAUCCGAUGAAAUAAAACCUGUCUGUCUUCCACGGAAUGAUGACAAUACCUAUGUUGGAGUCAAAGCUAUUGCGGCUGGUUGGGGCGCUGUUGGAGAGCAGAAAAAUCAUUCCUGCAACUUAUUAGAAGUUGAACUACCAGUUCUUAGUAAUGAAGAAUGUAGAAAUACUAAAUAUGAAUCUACUAUGAUAGCUGACGCUAUGCUUUGCGCUGGAUACCCUAACGAAGGAAAAAGAGAUACUUGUCAGGGUGAUAGUGGUGGACCAUUAUCUGCAGAAAGAAUAGACAAGCGCUAUGAACUAUUAGGUGUUGUCUCAUGGGGUAUCGGAUGUGGUAGACAAGGAUAUCCUGGUGUUUACACAAGAGUCACAAAAUACUUGGAUUGGAUCAAGACUAACUCACGACACGGCUGUUUCUCCGCUGGUGCUAUAUCGAAUUUGUUAAGUUUUUACACUGGCUUUCGAAGACUUUGUUUAUGUCAAUGUGGCAUUUCAAGAAGUUACGACAGUAAUUUAAAAGAUGGCCAAUCAAUGGAUGACGAGAUACAAAAUUCUUAUGAAAUGCCGUGGUUAGCGACGAUUCACACUGGAUCUGCAACUAUAAGAGGAACUGUAAUAUCGGAUAGACAUGUCAUCACUGCAGCUAAUCCAGUAUACCGGAAACCACCGUCAGAUAUAAUAGUUACUUUAGGUUCUGAAUUAUGUAAAAAAAGCAAUCACGCACUAAAUACUAGUGUCGAAGCUGUUUUGAUAAAUCCAGGAUAUUCUACCACCGUGAGAAAUAACGAUGUAGCUCUUUUGAGAUUAAGAAAUCCAAUAAAGUUUAGCCAGUUUAUUUCUCCGAUUUGCAUGCCAGUGUAUGAGCUUGGCGAAAUUGAUCAACUGUCAUGGAUUGUGUCAUGGCUAAGGAAUAAAUCUUCAUCAUGUCUAACUCGUUUAACUACAUUACCAAUUUUACCUUCUCGCAUUUGUCAUAGAAAUACUUUCCUCGAUCCAUUUAUGGUUACACUGUCAGAUAAAAGUUGCCUUGGACCUGUAGGUAUCAAGGGUAUUUUGUGUGAGAAUGACGUAGGAGGGCCUGUUAUGACUCGUUGGUUACCAAGCUCUCCAUUCAGGAUAGCUGGUGUCAUUACAAAUGCAUCGUGCGAAGAUGAUAAGUAUCCACUAUUUAUAAGAACAGUGGACAACAUGCAGUGGAUUCACGAGCAUAUCCAGUAUAAAUUUUUUAUUUUCUACUUUUUUCUUUACUUAGAAUGUGGUAUCGCUGGAAAGAAUCGCCGCAUUGUCGGUGGGACGACAGUUCAGCCCCAUCAGUACCCAUGGCUGGUGGCUCUCAUGCUGGGAUCCAAGCUACAUUGCGGAGGAGCUAUCAUAACCGACCAGCAUAUACUAACAGCCGGGCAUUGCAUUACUUUUGGCGUUCACUAUCGAGAUCUCUCAGUACACAUCGGGAUGCACGACCGCCUUGGUUCCUCUCAUCCGAUAUUGUAUGCUACGAAUGGUGUUAAACAUCCCAGCUUCACCUCUAAUGCCGUUCGAGAUGUCAAUGACAUUGCUGUGCUGACUCUGGGAAAGAAAAUCAAGUUUUCUGAUAAAGUUCGACCCAUUUGCUUACCAAGUGAAGAUAUGAACUUCAGCGACGUGCCACUAACAGUCGCAGGAUGGGGUAAAACAAGGCAAGGUGCUCUCACUUCGUCAAGAUACCUGCUAGAAACCAAAGUGAAAUUGGUACCUAGCGAUGUUUGUAUGAGAUCCUCUAUAUACAGAACUAAUCUCGUCUCUGAUUCAAUGAUGUGCGCUUACAGUCUUGGAAAGGAUGCAUGUCAGGGUGAUAGUGGUGGACCACUGUUUUCCACUCAUCUCAGAAGUAAUAACAAGAAAUGGUACCAAGUUGGAAUUGUUUCUUGGGGCAUAGAUUGCGCUAAGCCUGAUUAUCCAGAGUGUGGCAGGCCCUCUGAUGAGAUCUCAUCAAUGAGGAUAGUUGGCGGUCGAAGAGCUGAGCCCCACUCAUUUCCUUGGACGAUCUCCUUUGUGAAGGAGGGGCGCCUACACUGCGGAGGAGCUUUGGUUACAGAUAGGCACGUUCUCAGCGCUGGUCAUUGCUUUAAAUGGGAUGACAAGGAUGCAAUGGUGGCACUAAUCGGUUUAGAUAGUUUGAGUGAACGAACUAAUGUCGAAGAAAGAUAUUUAUCAAAAGUAACGAUUCACGAAAAUUUCAAAUCAACAGCCGUUCGAGAUGAGAACGAUAUAGCAAUCGCUACUCUUGACAGGCCUGUGGCAUUUAGUAGUAUUGUACGAACUAUUUGCUUACCAGAGAGUGGACAAAAUUUCGGUGGUAGAGUUGGGACGAUAGUCGGAUGGGGGCGACUCGCAAUAAAUGGACCUUCAUCGGAUGCACUAAUGAAAGCAAGUCUUCGUAUACUGAGUGAUGAGGAAUGUAUGAAUUCUAAACUAGCAAGACAUAUAGAACCGACGAUGAUGUGCGCUUUCAGCCAAGGAAAGGAUGGUUGCCAGGGUGACAGUGGAGGACCUCUACUAGUUUUUGAAGGUGUUGGAAGAUACGUUCUAGCAGGUAUUGUCUCUUGGGGAAUAGGUUGUGCUGAUCCAAGAUAUCCAGGAGUUUACACAAAAGUUGCCCGUUACCUUGAUUGGAUCAAGGAGCACACAGCUGAUGGGCAGACAUGCGACUAUAGAUAACAUUAAAAUUAUUAUGUAUAUAUAUUUUUAAAUUAAUAUUCAAAAACUUAUUUCUAAAGAAAUAUCAUAUCAUAUUGACAGAAAAUGAAACAAUAUAGAUUAAUAACUU